UGGUGAUUCAGCAGAAACCAUGGACAGUGUGCACCCAUUGUCUGGUUAUUCUUACUGGCUGGGGGUUGACCUAGAAACAGUGAUGGCUAAACCUGGUGCUAUAAGUAUACUAUGAGCCAUGUACAGUAAAUGCCCUAGGGAGGGGGUCUUUACUUUGUAUAGGAUGCCCUGUAUACUGGGACACGGUUUUCCUCCCUCCCUCUCCCCCCACAGGGGUGUGACAGGGAGAGCUCCUCACCGGAUUUGAUGGGCAGUUCUCCCAGGGUGCCAUCCACGUUGCUGAGGUCCAGGUUUUCAGGGGGGAAGCCCACCAUGACCCGCUGCCGGGGGCCUACAAUCCCGGUAACCCCGGCGAUGCUGUCCUUCAGCUCCCGGAUGGUGGAGAGCGCGGUCAGGCCUUGCAGGAGCUGGCUGCCCUCCCGGGUUUUACAGCGGAGUCGGAGCAUUGCUAGAGAACACGGGGACCAGGCACCUCCAGCACAAUAACACUGACUGUGACAGAACACCGGGACACACAGCCCCGCGAGAUUACACACAGUCCCAGAAUCUCGCGAUAACUCCGUCAGACCAUUGUUAGUAAUAGCCUGCAGGCGACCUGUUGAUAGACAACCAACUUGGUACACCCGGAAGUGACGUGUUAGCGUUCCAAGGUAACUGCUUCUAAUGAGUUGAUUUCUCUGGCUACAAAGUAGAGAUAUGGGACUGAAGGUUCCAAGUACUAACUAGAGAAAUGAUUUGACCCUUUUAAGACGGGAAUGUUUUGGAGGUUACAAUGCACUUCAGUGUCAGAGACUGUAUGAUAGUCACUUUAUUUUACAGAUAUUUUAAGUCCUUUUUGGAACGAAAAGUUCUGCCUCAAAAACUGUUUUACCUGGUAACACCUAGAUUAGACAAACUGAAUCCAUAAUAAUUCACAGCCCAGAUUUUACUACGAGUCCCAGCAGUUUGCUGACACACAUAGAGACAGCCUUAGCCGUCAGUGUAUCUUCCCUGGGUUGACCUGCCCCGCCUGAUAGUCUGCUGCACAAAUCACCUUUUACUGCGACUAACAAAUGGAAUUCUUGUUACUCUCCACGGGUGGAUUCCUGACAGUUCCAUUUGUUCUGCGCAGAAUGUCGGGGAUUUAAUCUGUUUGUUGCAGGUGAAUAGAGCCCGUGCACAAUCCUGGUGGCAGUAGGAGUGAUCAAUUUAUUGCACGGAGGAAUACACUGGCUGGGGCCACCAUGAAGGCUCGCUGGAGGAAUUCCUUGGGAGCUCUGCUGGCAGUGGUCGCACUUGGGGUGACAGUGUUAGUGGCGGUGCUGCUAAUCAGGACGUACACCCUGGCAGAAUUCAAGAGAGUCCGGCUUGGAAAAGGGGCCCCGGCUGCUGAGCUGAGCCAGGGGGAGAGAGAACAGCUCAUAGAGGCAUUGAAAGGUGAGUAUGAUGGUAUGCUGUGGAUCCAACCCCAUCACAAUCAGUAAGCCUGACACUUGUAAAAUAGGGUGGUUGGGACGCCGUUGUUUACAUUGAAAUAGCAGGAGUAUCGUUUUGCCCAGAUCUACGGAUGUAUACUUCUUAUUUGUUGCCAAAAUAUUUUUUAGAAAGAACAAUAUAAACGUUUGUCUUGAUUCUACAGGUGCAAUUUCUUUGACUUUUUAUUUACCAUAAAGUAAAGUGCAACAAAGCAGGUAGGCGCUAAACAGGUGCAUCCAAACCCAACUGUGAAAUCAAUCACCUAAUGUUUCCCAAAAUCAAUAGAUAAUAAAUACAUAUAGUCAGGGCCAGAUUAACAGCCCAGUGGGCCUGGUGUUGACAAUUAUGAUGAGCCUAAUUAAAGAAUCCUAUCGACCAAAAACACUAAAACACUCCCAUGCGUCAUGUAUCUGAUGGAGAUGGUGCUUUUGAGAGAAAGAAAACACAUACCCUAUGCUAAUCUCCCUCUAACUUAUGUUUUCAUCUUUCAAGUAAAUCCAUAACCCCUAACAGCAGUGUCCAGACAAGCAGGAAGUCAAUGGGCACGGUAAAAGGGUGUGCCACUGACACAAAUCACGUAACCUGCCAAAAGGGGCGAACAUGCCCAAAAAGAGGACAUGUCUGCCCAAAGAAUUUGAAGGCCAGCCUGGCAUGAAUGCAUAUCAGACUGCCUGCCAAUCAUGCAGCUGGCCAACUAAGGGCAUACUAUGCAGACAGCACCCUGAGCUUGGUAUAAAUGCAUCUAAUGAUGCACUCGCUCAACGCUCUCUAAAGGACUGUCCCCUAGCACUCGCGGGUCCACUUGUCUCCUUACCUUCUUACUAGCAGGCAAACGCUCCUGGUAUAUAGUCUGGGACAGAGAAAAGCUGUAUGUAGUGAGUGUAGAAGAAAGGGAACAUGCCACAGUGUUAGAGAGACCAAAGUCAGCAUUACCUUAAAGGAUCACUAUAGGGUCAGGAACACAAACAUGAAUUCCUGACCCUAUAGUGUUAACACCACCAUCUACCCCCCUCCCCUCCCUGGGCCCCUCAUGCCUCCAUGUAGUAAAAAUCUUACUGUAUUCAAGCCUGAAGCUGUAACUCUACAUGCUGUUAGACUCAGAAAAGCAAGCAGUGUGCUGACAUAAUUAGAAGUGGUGGCCUGAUCCAAUCACAGUGCUCCCCCAUAGCAUUGGCUGAGACUGACAAAACGGCAGAUCAGGGGCAGAGCCAGCAUGAUUCAAACACAGCCCUGGCCAGUCAGCAUCUCCUCAUAGCAUCUCCUCAUAGAGAUGAAUUGAAUAAAUGAAUCUCUAUGAGGAAAGUUCAGUGUCUGCAUGCAGAGGGUGGAGACUCUGAAUGUUUGGAUGCAUUUUAGGCAGCCAUGACCCAGGAAGGAUCUCUAACAGCCAUCUGAGGAGUGGCCAGUGAAGUUAUCACUAGGAUGUAAUGUAAAGACUGCAUUUUCUCUGAAAAGACAGUGUUUACAGCAAAAAGCCUGACGGUAAUGAUUCUACUAACCAGAACAAAUUCAAUAAGCUGUAGUUGUUCUUGUGACUAUAGUGUCCCUUUAACUAUAUUCAUUGUCAGCCAGUCCACACAAGUUUUGUUCCCAUACAUCCCUCUUAAGUUUCCAUACUUAAGUAAGAGUAUGUGAAAAGUAGUUCGGGUUGCCACCUUUCUUGGAAAAACAUACCGGCCUUACUAAUUUGCAUAAUUAAAUAUGUAUGAGGGACAUCACAUGAUGUAAAUCACAAGGAGUGACGUAAAAGAAAAUGCUGUAAAAUCACCAAAAUACUACUUAGUUUGAUUAUGCUGUAUAGAUGGAUUCCUCUCAGUGGCCCCCAUGUUUCCCAGUGCCCCCAUGUGUCGAUUACUCCAGGUCUCAGCGUUCCUAUGUAUCACAGUGUCUCAAUGCCCCAUGUCUCCCUGUGUCCUCCAGUAUUCCCAUGUGUCUAUGUCCCCAUGUAUGUGUCACUAGGACACUAGGAAGACGGGGAGACCUGGGGACAAGGGGAGACCUAGGGACACAGAGACACCAGUGACACUGGGAAACUAGGGGACACUGGCUGGGACACAUGGGGACACUGGGAAAAUAGGGGACACUUGAAGACAUGGGGACACAGACACUAGAGACACUGGCUGGGGGACAUGGGGACAUUGAGACAUGGGGGCACUGGGAGACAUGGGGACACUGAGACACCACGGCCACAGACACUAGGGACACUAGCUUGGAGACAUGGGGACAUUGAGACACCUGAGGCACUGGGAGACAUGGAGGCACUAGAAGACAUGGGGACAGUGAGACACUGGGAGACUAGGGGGCACUGAGACACAAGGGACACUGGCAGGGAGACAUGGGGACACUGUGUCCCCAUGUGUCUGUGUCAUAAUGUCUCCCAAUGUCCCUUAGUGUCUCAGUGUCUGCCAUAAUGUCUCCCUCCCUUAGUGUCUGUGUCCCCAUGUCUCCUUGCAGCCUUUCCCCCCAUCCCUUACUUCCCUGAGCUGUAGGCUGUCUCUGCAGGGUGGGAGUUGCUGUCUGGACUCUCUGUAGCUGAACCCCUGCAGAUCAGUGAGUAGAGAGAGGCAGGGAGGGAUAUGCUGGAACUUCCUAUCCCUGCCUGUCUCCACACACAGCGACCCCUACUGGCCAGUGCUGGUAUUGCAUAGUAAUCUCUUGUUUAUACUGAGAAAAAUACCAGCAUUUGUAUUGCCAAUAUCACUGCAAUAUUGGCACCAGCCAGGAAGCCUCAAAUACUGGCUGUGCCAAUAAAAUAAAAGCCAGGUGGAAUUUUUUUUUUUUUUUUAAAUCAAUGGGCCUAUUCCAUGGGCCUGGAGCUGCAGCUCCAUCAGCCCCUAUGUUAAUCCGGCCCUGCAUAUAGUGGGUGGCACACACAGUGAUAAAACACAAAAAAUGUGUACAGUGAUGUGGUGAGUAGAAAUACAGUAUAAACACCAUAUAUAGCUUCCUCUUAAGGGUAGCUGGAAAAGAUAAUAGCUAAUAUAGGACAGUACAGUCUGUAUAAGAUAUAGAGUGCAAGUGCAGGUACAUAUAUACAUCCAACUCACAUUUUACUGAGCCUGUGAUACACUGGCUCUGGUAAAUCAGCAUGAAAGGAGUAACUUGAUUCUGGAUGCAGUCUUGCAAAAAUAUUCUCCACAACAUAGGAAUAAGAGAAGGCUCCAGGUUAAAAAGACAUCUAAUUUGUUCAUAUAACACACAUAAAAAAAUAUUACAUCAAGUAAGGUGGUGGCUUCAGCAAUAAAUCCUUCCUCAUAAAAUCAAUAAAGUCCACACACAAUGAGUUUCGACAGUCUUCCUCAGGUGCAUGGUGUACUUUCCCCAUGAUGUAGCUCAGCCCCCUGACAGCCACCAUUGGCUGGAUUGUGACCGGCACUUUUAACCUCCGCCCACUUCUGUUUCGGUGGAGAUGUUAGUCAUUCAUGGUGUUGUGUGUUAUGUCGAAACGCGUUUAACGUCUGAUAUGGCUAAGGUGCUUGUCCAUGUUGCUGUCCUCUCUUGCUUUGACUACUGUAAUCCGCUUCUCAGUGGUCUUGCGUGUUCCCAACUUGCCCCAUUACAGUCUAUAAUGAAUGCAUCGAGGCUCAUCUUCCUGUCCACCCGCACCUUCCACGCCUCCCCCUCUGUCAGUCCCUACAUUGUCUUUCCGUAAGAUAUAGGACCCGGUUUAAGAUCCUAAUACUUGCUUACAAAUCUCUACACAAUGCUGGUCCGACAUAUAUAUCUUCACUUGUACACAAAUAUGUCCCGACUAGGUCCCUACGCUCUGCCGGAGACCUACGUGUAACCUCUGUUCGUAUUCCUACCUCUGAUGCUCACCUUAAAGAUUUCUCUAGGGCUGCACCAUUCCGAUGGAACACCCUUCCCCUCUCUGUUAGACUUUCACCCAGUCUCACUCCUUCAAAAAAAUCUUUGAAAACGUACUUCUUUAGGAAACCAUAUCAAUUAAACUGUGAACAUCUUUCUCUCCCCGCACCCUGAUUCCUCUCCUGCAACUGUCUUUAAAACAACACUAAGCCCUCAGUAAAUAAUAUCCUAGCAACGCACUUUUCUACCCUACCCUUACCUUUUGUGUCACUAUACCCCACUCCCUCUCACAUGUAAGCUCAUUGAUCAGGGCUCUCAGUCCCUCUGUUCCUGUGCAUCCAACUAGUCUGGUUACAAAUAUGUGUCUUAUAGUCCGCCCAUUGUACAGCGCUGCGGAAAUUGUUGGUGCUUUAUAAAUAUUAGUAAUAACAAUUAGUCAAUAUUCCUGAGUAUUGUAACUCCAAAAGAUUUUAAUUAUUACAUGUUGCUAAUGCAAAACUCUAAACCAGCUAAUUUCAAGUAUAUAUUUUUAAUGAAGCCAUUUAUGACCUUUUUCUUAAAUGUGUGACAGGUGCAAUUCGCAUCCCCACUGUAUCGUUCUCAGAAACAGAACAAAACACCACAGCCUUGGCAGAGUUUGGACAAUAUAUUCGCAAAGGUACUAAUUUUUUUUAUUUUUUUAUUUUUUCCCUCUUCUCUGUUUUCUACAGUGGCUUCAUUGUGUAAUAUAGUUUGGCCUUACCCAUCUGUUGCCAAAUACAAUUUGUUAUGUUUAUUUUGCCAUGACAUCAUCUUUUUGAGGGAGGUGCAUUUAACUCGUUUUCCUGGCACAAUAGUGCCCUGAGGGUGCCCCCACCCUCUGGGUCCCAAUCCCGCAGGGCUGAUUGGGAGGAAGGGGGUUAAACACUCACCUUUCUACAGCGCCAUGCUCACUCUGCGCUGGGGACUCUUCUCCCACUUCUGACAUCACCAGCUGCAUGCGCGGCAAGAGCCGCGUACACAUUGUCAGUCCAUAGGAAAGCAUUCUCAAUGCUUUCCUAUGGACGUUGGCGUCUUCUCACUGUGAAAAUCACAGUGAGAAGCGCGGAAGCGCCUCUGGCGGCUGUCAAUGAGACAGCCACUAGAGGCUGAAUUAACCCAUUUGUAAACAUAGCAGUUUCUCUGAAACUGCUAUGUUUACAGCAGGCAGGGUUAAUCCUAGAUGGACCUGGGACCCAGACCACUUCAUUAAGCUGAAGUGGUCUGGGUGCCUAUAGUGGUCCUUUAAGCAAUGUGAAUGAAACUUUAAAAAGCAACAAUAUUUAUCGGCCAAAACCUUACCGAAUUUACAGCUAAAUCAGUGCUACAAUAUUAACUUUUGCUGGGUUACUCCCUAACAUUUGAUUUGUAGUGAAUACAAAGUGACUUUUAUAUUUGAGACAGUAUUAGCCAAAAUGAAAAUACACCUUGGAGAAUCUUUCAGAUCUGGCAAGUUUGACCUAAAAUUUUAAAUUUACUUUGAUUUCUUGACAGAUCAUGUUUUUGUGAGUAAUCUUGAUGCAUGUAAUAAUCUGUGUUGCAAUCCAUUCAGCUAACAAUUCUACAAUACUUGUUUGUGCCUACAUAAACAGGAAAAAACACGAAAUGCUGGCUACCUUGGUUUGUAUUUAUGGCUAGAGGUGAGGAUGUAGGUCAUGACUUAGGGGAGGGGAGGUGUUGGUGGGGAGUUGUCCCACUUUACGUUCUUUCCUAUUUUUCCCCUUUUUUUUAUAUAUCCUUUUUUUUCUGGCCGUUUGUAUCUUAGUGAGCUGGAGCUUGAUUGGGAUGUGUCAGGACCCAGAGUAGGGGUGCUGGUGUACCUGUGGCCUUUCUGGGUGACCUGUUUGAUUGUAAAAUUCCCAAUUUUACUUAUCCCUGAAUAUACAAUGAACACACACUUGUUGAAGAGAGACCACUGGAACUUUAUUAUCGCUGUUAUCCACUAAACACAUUUCAUCUAGUACAUACAAACAUUACAUCCACUACACAAACACACACUACAUCACUGUACACACACUACAUCCACUACUCAAACACACUCUGCGUUCACUAUACACACUGCAUCCGCUACACAAACACACACUCUGCAUUCACUGCACAAGCAGUAUCGAAUACACACAAACACUACAUCCAUUACACACAUUCUAAUUCACUUCCACUAUACACACCACAUUCAGUCCUGCAUCAUUGUCAGCGGACUAGGUAGGGCGUGGGCGGGCCGGGGGGCCAGACCUUGUGCUUUGUCAGGGGCUCCAAAAUUUUGGAUGGUGGCUCUGUACACCCCUCACAUUUUUGUAAAUAAUUUAUUAUAUGUUUUCACGUGACAACACUGAAGAAAUUACACUCUGUUACAAUGUAAAGUAGUACGUGUGUAGCCUGUAUAACAGUGUAAAUUUUCUGUCCCCUCAAAAUAACUCAACACACAGCCAUUAAUGUCUAAACUGUUGGCAACAAAAGUGAGUACACCCCUAAGUGGAAAUGUCCAAAUUGGGCCCAAAGUGUCAAUAUUUUGUGUGGCCACCAUUAUUUUCCAGCACUGCCUUAACCCUCAUGUGCAUGGAGUUCACCAGAGCUUCACAGGUUGCCAUUGAAGUCCUCUUCCACUCCUCCAUGACGACAUCAGGGAGCUGGUAGAUGUUAGAGAUUUUGCGCUCCCCCACCUUCCAUUUGAGGAUGCCCCACAGAUGCUCAAUCGGGUUUAGGUCUGGAGACAUGCUUGGCCAGUCCAUCACCUUUACCUUCAGCUUCUUUAGCAAGGCAGUGGUCGUCUUGGAGGUGUGUUUGGGGUCGUUAUCAUGUUGAAAUACUGUACUGCGGCCCAGUCUCCGAAGGGAGGGGAUCACUCUCUGCUUCAGUAUGUCACAGUACAUGUUGGCAUUCAUGGUUUGUACAAUGAAGUACUGCCAGCACUUAUGCACGCCCAGACCAUGACAUUCCCACCACCAUGCUUGACUGUAGGCAAGACACACUUGUCUUUGUACUCCUCACCUGGUUGCGGCCACACGCUUGACACAAUAUGAACCAAAUAAGUUUAUCUUGAUCUCAUAGGACCACAGGGCAUGGUUCUAGUAAUCCAUGUCCUUAGUCUGCUUGUCUUCAGCAAACUGUUUGCGGGCUUUCUUGUGCAUCAUCUUUAGAAGAGACUUACUUCAGGGACGACAGCCAUGCAGACCUGUUUGCAGUGUGUGGCAUAUGGUCUGAGCAUUGACAGGCUGAUCCUCCACCCCUCCACCCCAUCAACUCUACAGCAAUGCUGGCAGCACUCGUACGUCUGUGGUGACAUUUUGUCAUCAAAUUAAUAUGCAAAGACAACCUCUGUAUAUGACGCUGAGCACAUGCACUCAACUUCUUUGGUAGACCAUGGCAAAGCCUGUUUUGAGUGGUACCAGUCCUGUGAAACCGCUGUAUGGUCUUGCCCAUCGUGCUGCAGCUCAGUUUCAGGGUCUUGGUAAUCUUCUUAUAGCCUAGGCCAUCUUUAUGUAGAGCAACAAUUCUUUUUUUCAGAUCCUCAGAGAGUUCUUUGCCAUGAGGUGACAUGUUGAACUUUCAGUGACCAGUAUGAGCAAUUGUGAGAGCGAUAACACCAAAUUUAACACACCCGCUCCCCAUUCACACCUAAAACCUUGUAACACUAACAAGUCACAUGACACCGGGGAGGAAAAAUGGCUAAUUGGGCCCAAUUUGGACAUUUCCACUUAGGGGUAUACUCACUUUUGUUGCCAACUGUUUAGACAUUUAUAGCUGAGUGUUGAGUUAUUUUCAGGGGACAGCAAAUUUACACUGUUAUACAGGCUGUACACUUACUAAUUUGCAUUGUAGCAGAGUGUCAUUUCUUCAGUGUUGUCACAUGAAAAGAUAUAAUAAAAUAUUUACGAAAAUGUGAGGGGUGUACUCACUUUUGUGAGAUACUGUAUAUACUAAUAGUGUUAGACAAAUGUUAGGCUUGUGUAUAUAUAUUUUAUAUAUAUAUAUAUAUGAAACAAGUACAUGGACCUGGAGACAAACUACAUUGUCCCCCCUCACCCCCAAUCUACCACUAGUCUGUGCUAAAUAUGUAGUUGAUGGAGGAUUAUGGAAUUUGUACUUUAUCAACAACUGAAUGGAAAAUGGUUUAUCUCUGCCUUUCACUUUAUGUUUUCUUAUUAGUUUAUCUUUUAGACUUGGUACAAUGUAUAUUAAUUUUGUUUGUUUUCUUUCCAGUCUUCCCUCUUGUCUUCUCUUCCAGUUUAAUCCAACAUGAAGUUGUGGGUGGUUACAGUCACCUUUUUACCGUUCGAGGCUCAGACAGCAAUUUACAGCCAUACAUGCUUCUCGCUCACUUUGAUGUGGUGCCAGCAACCCCCGAAGGCUGGGAGGUGCCACCAUUCUCUGGUGAGGAGCUUAAUGGAUAUAUCUAUGGAAGAGGAACUAUUGAUGAUAAAAACUGUGUGAUUGUAAGUUUGAAAAAAGCUCCAUCAAUGAUUUAUAGCACUUUAUCUCAAUCCACUAAAUAAAAAUAAUGGAAUUAUAGUAAAUCUAGAAUGCUGAUGACUGAGGCCUUUGGGGACUGUAAGAGUAUCCAGUAACUUAAAGGCUUGAAAUUCAUUUUCAUCAGCAAGAUUGAUAGUGUGAGUUUACCCUGAAGAUGAAUUAAUGUCACAAUGUCAGCGAUUUAUACGCCAAUGUAUCUGUGCAUCUAUAUAGACGUAUGUGAGUUUUAGUGUCUUUAUGUUUUUGGGUUUUUUUUCCAAUGAUUUCACUUAGAUCAAAAAGCUUUAGGCAACAGGGCUUACUCCAAGCCAGUAUAGUGACACAUGCACCUUAAGAAGACACUAUAGGCACCAAGCAAUUUUAGAUUAACAAAGUGAUUAUGGUGUAUAGAUCAUGCCCCUGCAGUCUCACUGCUUAAAUCUCUACCAGGGGAGGAGUGGUUAUGUCUGCAUAAACAGUGAUUUAACUCCUGAGUGGCAGAGAUUUGAGCAGUGAGACUGCAGGAGCAUUAUCUACAUACUAAAACUGCUAGUUAAGUUAGUUGUUUUGAUGCCUAUUGUAUCCAUUUAGAAAAAAACAAUAGAGAAGGUGUUCAGUGCAUUACAGUCACCUGUUUGAGAAAUAUAAACCCAAAUUAAAAAUUCUCACAGUAUAUGUGUGCGUCAAAGGUUCACAAAUCAUACAGUUUUCAUUGAGCCCUUCUAAAACAUACAUUAGUACCAUAUAUUAUUGUAGCGUUACUCACCUUAUCCAGGGGCCGGCCGCGGUCCUCUCUUCGAGCCGCGCGCGGUCCUGCUGCUGGAAGGCGCGGUCCUGCAACAGGAAGGCGGGCAGUGACCGCGAGAAGCGGUCACGUGUCCCGCCUGAAUCUAAGAACGUGCCGCGAGUCUCGGGCGUGCUCUUAAAGAGGCAGUGGGAACCUAAAUUGUUAAAAGGCUCCCAUUGGCCCCUGUCAUGCCACACUCCCCAUACACUUACCUUUUGGGGGUGUGGAUAUGACAGGAGCCAAUCACAUUAGUUUAAAAGCUAUAUAUACUUACCUCUCCCUUUACUCUCUGCCCUAUCGUGGUUUCUGUAUCAGUUCCCUUUAGCGCUUGUUGUGUUCAGUUGUGUUUCUCCGUUUUGACUUUGGCUUUGUUUCUGACUACGUUUUCUCUUUAUCCUUAUCUGUUCUGGUUGUCGGCUUGCUGUUUACUGUGUACCAGACCCCGGCUUGUCCUAGUUUACGCUGUCUCUCUGUGUCCUUGACUUCGGAUCGUUCCUGACUCUGCCUCCUCUCAUAUACGUCGAGUCCGGCCAUUCUAAGGUCCGGUAGACGUAUCUCUCCUCUGUGUUGUCUUCUGUUUAGCUGAAUCCUGCGUGUUGGGGUAUAUUCUCGUUACAUUACGAUAGGGCCAUGGACCCCGCAGAUUUGGCUCAGCAAAUGGCUUCUCACGAGGCAAGGUUUGUAGAACAGGAUCAUCGUAUGGAUCAGAUAGCACAGGCUCUCCAGACGCUCUUGUCUAGAACUAUUCCUGCAACCGCACCUAACCCUCCUACACCCCAUCCUCCCGAAGUAUCCAAUUCACCCAAUACUUCGCCCCAUUUAACACCUCCUCCUAGGUAUGGAGGGGAAGCCAAGACAUGCAGAGGUUUUAUUAAUCAAAUAGAAUUCCACCUUGAGAUGUAUCCUCAUUCCUUUCCCACUGAUAGGUCUAAAGUGGGGUUUUUGAUGCAUCAACUUACUGACAAAGCACUUGAGUGGGCAAAUCCUAUUUGGGAGGCCAAUGGACCUAUGGUGCAUAAUUUCAAUAGCUUUCUUACGGCUUUUCGUAGAACUUUUGACACAACAAAAAGGUCAAAGAAUGCCGCAAGAGCAUUAAUGAGAAUUAAACAGGGGUCUAGGUCUGUGGCUGAUUAUGCUAUUCAGUUUCGUACCCUUGCUUCACAGGUAGAUUGGACCAAUAAUGGGUUAACUACUGCAUUCAUGGAAGGUUUAUCUGACACUAUAUUAGAUGAGGUAGCGGCAAGAGAGCUUCCUAUUCCAUUAGAGGACCUUAUUGACUACCUCAUUGAUAUAGAUAAUAGAAUUCGUGACAGGCUCUAUACCAAGAACAGGAAUAGACGUGUAGUCACACCUACUAACCCCAGAGUUGAUAAACCUGAGAGUGUUAAAGUAUCCGAGGAGGAACCCAUGCAAUUAGGGGUUGCCAAACUCUCAGAUACUGAAAAACUACUUAGAAGAAGGAACGGACUCUGCCUAUACUGUGGUAGGCGAGAUCAUAUGGUAAAGGAAUGCCCUUUGCUUCCGGAAAACUCUCGCACCUAAGACCUUAGGGUGUGAUAUCUAAGUCUCCUAAAUUGCCUCCUAACCGUUUGCUUUUCCCUGUUUCCCUUCAUACAGGAGAGAGUUGUAUAGCUGAAAGCAUACUAGCCUUGGUUGAUUCCGGGGCUGCUGAGAACUUCAUUGAGUUUGUUACGAAAAAUAACAUUCCCGUCAGAGAGAGGCAGAUACCCUUGGCCAUUGAGGCCAUAGAUGGUAGACCUUUAAAUACUCCAGUAGUUACCCAUGAAACUGUACCAUUAUUCAUGUACACAGGGGUUUUACACCUUGAGACCAUUCGGUUUCAGGUUAUCACCUCUCCCUCUUCUCAUAUCGUGUUAGGGUACCCAUGGUUAUGUUCUCACAAUCCCAUUUUUGACUGGGAAUUGGGGCAAUUAAAAUCAUGGGGUAAAACCUGCCACGACUCUUGUAUGAGUAAAGUCAUCCCUUUAAAUACCAUUAAUGUUCCUACUACUCCUCCUUUAUCUACUGUUAUACCUCCUCAGUACUUGUUUCUCAAAACUGUAUUCGAUAAAAGGGAAGCUGAUAAAUUACCGCCUCACAGAUCCUAUGAUUGUGCUAUCGAUUUAUUGCCUGGCACUAUACCUCCUAAGGGCAGGGUGUACCCUUUAUCUAUUCAAGAAAACCGUAUCAUGGAGGAGUAUGUUAAAGAAUCACUAGAAAAAGGGUUCAUUAGGAGAUCCUCUUCUCCGGCUGGAGCAGGGUUUUUCUUUGUAUCUAAGAAAGAGGGUGAUUUAAGACCGUGCAUCGACUAUAGAGGUCUAAACAAAAUCACUAUCAAAAAUGCAUACCCUAUACCUUUAAUUACAGAGUUAUUUGACAGGCUGAAACAUGCUACUGUGUUCACCAAAUUGGACCUUAGAGGUGCAUACAAUUUAAUACGCAUAAAGGAAGGUCACGAAUGGAAGACUGCAUUCAACACUAGAUCCGGUCAUUACGAGUACACUGUUAUGCCAUUUGGUCUUUGCAAUGCCCCAGCAGUAUUUCAGGAAUUUAUUAAUGACGUCCUAAGAGACUUUAUUCACACAUUUGUAAUUGUAUACUUGGACUACAUAUUGAUAUAUUCUACAGAUUUGCACACUCAUCACAGACAUGUCACAACGGUCCUGAAGACCCUUCUUACUAAUGGUCUUUAUUGUAAAUUAGAGAAAUGUUUAUUUGACCAAUCCGAAGUCCAGUUCUUGGGGUAUUUGAUUUCCGCCAAAGGGUUUCGUAUGGAUACCCAGAAGCUUUCUGCUGUCAUAGAGUGGCCUCUACCACAGGGUUUGAAAGCAAUUCAACGUUUUCUUGGUUUCUCUAACUAUUAUAGACGCUUUAUUAAGGGUUUUUCGUCUAUUGUAGCACCUAUCACCCGUAUGACAAAAAAGGGUGGUAAUACUCGUGUCUGGUCUCCCGAGGCACUUCAGGCUUUUGACUUUCUUAAAACUACAUUUGCCUCUGCACCUAUUUUACAGCACCCUAUCCCCUCACUACCUUAUAUUCUUGAAGUUGAUGCUUCUGAAAUCGGGGUAGGUGCUGUUUUGUCCCAAAGAGAAUCGCCUGAAAGGCCAUUGCAUCCUUGUGGCUUCUUUUCUAGACAAAUGUCCAAAGCUGAAAGGAAUUAUGAUGUGGGUAAUCGUGAACUCCUUGCUAUUAUCUUAGCUCUUAAAGAAUGGAAACACUUGUUAGAAGGAACUAAGGAUGCUAUCCUCAUUUUUACAGAUCACAAGAAUCUAUCCUACCUUGGUGAAGCUAAAAGAUUGUCUUCUAGGCAGGCUAGAUGGUCACUAUUUUUGUCCCGUUUCAAUUAUAUUAUCACCUAUAGGCCAGGUGAUCGCAACAUUAAAGCAGAUGCUCUGUCCAGACAGUUCGAAACUACUGACAAACAGGAGGUUGAUGUUACUCCUGUCAUUCCCCCAGACAGGAUAAUAGCCACUACUAUAUUGUCUAUUUCUUCAUCCCUCUUGCAGACCAUACAAGCGAAACAAAGUAUGGCACCUAGCGAGAGGCCUAUUGAUAAAUUGUUUGUUGAUGUUCCAGAGAGACGGGAGAUUCUGUCAUUAUAUCAUGAUACUAAGACUGCUGGACAUCCUGGUAUUACCAAAACGAUGUCAGCAGUUUCUUGAUAUUUUUGGUGGGGUUCCUUACGCAAGUAUGUCACUGACUAUAUAAGUGCUUGUACUACUUGUGCAUGUAUGAAAACGUCUCGUAGAGUUCCUUGUGGGCUUCUGCAUCCCUUACCAGUUCCCGAGAGACCUUGGUCUAACCUAUCCAUGCAUUUUAUUGUUGAAUUACCCCCUUCGAAUGGUAACACAGUCAUCCUGAUGAGAGUAGAUCGGUUUUCCAAGAUAGCUCACUUUGUGUCUCUUCGCAAGUUGCCCACAUCCAAGGAACUGGCUCUUGUCUUUGCUAGAGAAGUAUUUCGGUUACAUGGUAUUCCUGUAUCUAUUGUGUCCGAUAGGGGUAGCCAAUUUAUUUCCAGGUUCUGGAAAGCCUUUUGCUCAGAAAUGGGUAUUUCUCUCUCAUUUUCUUCCGCUUACCAUCCCCAGUCUAAUGGAGCUGCUGAACGUGCCAACCAGUCUCUGGAGCAGUACCUUCAUUGUUUUGUGUCUCACCAUCAGGACAAUUGGUCUGACCUGCUUCCUUGGGCUGAGUUUGCUCGGAAUAAUGCCACUCAUGAUUCUUCCGGCAAAAGCCCUUUUUACGUUGUCUAUGGCCAGCAUCCCGUUGUUCUUCCGGCUGCAUUCUCCUCACAGGGCAUGCCAGUUCUGGAUGAGCAUUUGGCUGGUUUGCGUAAUACUUGGGAGCAGGUUCAGCGUUCUUUGGUGGAUUCCGCUGCUCGCCAGAAGGCUCAGGCUGACAAGCAUCGCAGGGCGGCUCCUACUUAUGUUGUGGGGGACAGGGUUUUGCUUUCCACGCGGAAUAUUCGCCUGCGGGUGCCUUCUAUGAAAUUGGCUCCCCGUUUCAUAGGUCCUUAUCGUAUACUGCAUAAGGUUAAUCCUGUUUCAUACGCCUUGGGUCUUCCUAGGAAUCUGCGUAUUCCUAAUGUAUUUCACACCUCGUUGUUGAAGCCUUACGUACGCAACCGCUAUACCUGGCAUUCCCCGCCUCCACCUCCUGUCUCUGUGGAGGGUCAUGAGGAAUUCGAAGUCUCUGCUGUUCUUGACUCUCGUUCCCUUAGGGGUCGACUUCAGUACUUGGUGCAUUGGAAGGGUUAUGGGCCUGAGGAGCGCAGUUGGAUUUCAGCUGAUGCUGUUCACGCUCACCGCCUUGUGCAUUCUUACCAUUCUCGUUUUCCUGCCAGGCCUGGCCCUACCCGCCCGGAGGGCGUGUCCUCAGGGGGGGUACUGUAGCGUUACUCACCUUAUCCAGGGGCCGGCCGCGGUCCUCUCUUCGAGCCGCGCGCGGUCCUGCUGCUGCACGAGCCGCGCGCGGCUCAUCCGACGGCCUCAACAGGAAGGCGGGCAGUGACCGCAAGAAGCGGUCACGUGUCCCGCCUGAAUCUAAGAGCGCGCCGCGAGUCUCGGGCGCGCUCUUAAAGAGGCAGUGGGAGCCUAAAUUGUUAAAAGGCUCCCAUUGGCCCCUGUCAUGCCACACUCCCCAUACACUUACCUUUUGGGGGUGUGGAUAUGACAGGAGCCAAUCACAUUAGUUUAAAAGCUAUAUAUACUUACCUCUCCCUUUACUCCCUGCCCUAUCGUGGUUUCUGUAUCAGUUCCCUUUAGCGCUUGUUGUGUUCAGUUGUGUUUCUCUGUUUUGACUUUGGCUUUGUUUCUGACUACGUUUUCUCUUUAUCCUUAUCUGUUCUGGUUGUCGGCUUGCUGUUUACUGUGUACCAGACCCCGGCUUGUCCUAGUUUACGCUGUCUCUCUGUGUCCUUGACUUCGGAUCGUUCCUGACUCUGCCUCCUCUCAUAUACGUCGAGUCCGGCCAUUCUAAGGUCCGGUAGACGUAUCUCUCCUCUGUGUUGUCUUCUGUUUAGCUGAAUCCUGCGUGUUGGGGUAUAUUCUCGUUACAAUUAUUUCUGCUGGAAAACUAUACUAUCACUGUAUCAGUAACAGGCAUUUUAGUUAAGCCAUUACAGUUAGGAGAAAAAGAGAAGAAGGGAUAGGAUGGGUUAUUGAGGGUGAAAAAUAAAAUCUCCACAAGUCUACUUAAUGUCUGCCAACAAGCUGUCAGAUAGGCUGGGCAGGGACAUAGAUCUGAGUUCAAAGAGUCCCUAAAUUUGGGGAGGGUGGGGUGGAAUCCAUGCCCUAGUGCCCUCCCUGUAAGUGUAAUCUAGCCAAGAAGUUCAGGUUGCGGUAGAUUUGUUGGGAAUACCCCAAAGAGCAGAAGUUAGGGACUCCAUUUUGUAGAUUUCUUCCUUCCUAGCAACUCACUGCUGGAGGGUCACACAAGCGAGUGCUUCCAAUAAGUUGUUAUCAGGGACUUGCUGCUGUAAACAGAUGCUUGGUUAAGGACUUCUUAUAUGCCUUUAGGGGCAUACUGGUAUGGUGUAGGUGCAUGGGAAAAGGUUGAAAUGGUAUGUUGGUGUCUGUAUCAACUUCCAAAAGGGGAAGAUGUCAGGGCACGACAACCAGAUGUGGAGCAUAUUGUGGAACAACUGCUCCAGCAUUCCUCAGAGAUUGCAGCAUUCAUGCGAUGUAUCACAUCCGGUGUUCUAUACCACAUAGUUAAUACCUUACAGCUCAUUUCCUGGUACUCUAAAUUAUUUUUUAUUCUAACAUAUUCAAUUAGGGUUAUUUCCCCCUAUAAAAUAUAUAUAUAUUUUUUUUUUUGUCAAUAUUUAUUUUUAAGUGUAUAAGAGUACAGACAGGCUUGUAGGGCCACAACAGCAACCUCAAGCUUCUUGUUGAGAAAUAUAAUAUUGUGACAUGAGAUGUACUGGCACAUUUUUGAGAAUAAUACAAGAAAACAAAUAUAAUAAAGUAAUCUGAUAUCUACAGAGAAGUCCGUAGCUGCUCACUCCUAAAUAAAAUUCUGGUUGGAUCAUGUUUGACUAGAGGGUGUGAGAAUCUGUAGAUGCCUCACUAACUAUAAGAGGAAGCAAGGAGAGUAUCACCUAGAGUAGUGAGGCUGAAAGACCCAUGUUUAGUUGGUACAUCAAGUAAAACUAAGUAUUAUCAUGUGGCUGGGAAGCAGAGAAUGAAGUGGGUAAGUAACCUCAUUCGACCGGCAGGAAAAAGUGUAGUAAGGCACUAAACUGUGUACUCGUGAACACGGUAUGUGUCACAUAAUAAUAAAAAUGAAAAUAAAAAGCAGUAAAAACUAAAACAAAACACAAAACCUUUAGACUGUUUGCAGGCCAGUCACGGUAUUGAUGUAGACGGGGAAUCUCCUCUAUGAGACGCCAGCACAAACGGGUGAGCCCUCUCAGGGUCCCAGAUUGACGGUCCUGUCGCAGGCAGAGAAAUGGUCAGCUCGGUGAGAGUGACUGAUUACCCACGCUUCUGCAGUGUGGAUGCCAUCUCUGAAGCGUCAAUGACUUUUAUCGUGCCAGUGUCACAAACAAUCAGUAGGCAACAUGGCAUUCCCCAUUUGUAUUGUAGCUUAUGAGCAACCAGUUCCUUGGUAAGUGGCCGCAAGGAUCUGCGCUAUUCCAGAGUGACUCUGGAAUAGUCAGAAUGAAAGGUCAGAGAGUGUUCCUCAAAGCGUAGUGAAGACUUACUGUGGAUCACUGCCAUAAAAAAACACCCACCUGUUCUGGUUAUGUUAGAAUCGGAUUAUAACAUCCCUGUUUGACCCGGUACCAUCCAUCCAGAGGCAUUGUCUUGGCUUGCUUGGCAGAAAAGAGGUGAGUGAGUAAUCUGCAAAAGAAAUGUGGAAUAUACACAGCCUCUAUGAUUUCAGGUUGGCCACGCAUUUUGACAUUCUUUCAGCGACUUCUGUCCUCCAUGGCCGCAAUGUCCUCUUGAGACUGGACUUGAGAGUGCUGCAGUGUCUGCAGACCUUGUUCCAGAUUCGAGAUCUCUUGAUCAUGAGCAGCAGUAUUCACCUCUGUGUUGUGUAGGCAAGCGGGGACCCCGUUGAUCUGGUCUCGAAACUGACGUCAGCCACAAUAUUUCUGCGGAGCUCAUUCAGAGUCUCUAUUGUGACUGGAUGCUUCCCUGUAGGCUGAAGCGGUGAGUUGUGAUCUUCGUCAGCAUUAGCCUCCACGGUGCAGUCCCCAGUGAAGGACGCCUCGCUUGAUGAUCGGGAUAAUCCGAUGGAUGGUGACAUUUGCUAUCCACAAGAGAUUGUAGAUGUCGGCGGGUGUGGGGGGGGGGUUUGUCUGCCCUGUUUUUCUUGUUCUUUUGCCCCAUCUUGUGAGUAAGAUGGGAAAAGUCUGUAUAACCCGCUUUUUAAUAUAUUUUCCUUUGUGCUUGCCCAGAGCUCAGGAAAAAGUGUCCUGCUAGCAUCUAUAAAAUGAUUUUUAAUGAAUUUUUUUUAAUUGUUUUUAAAUAAAAUGUAUGUUUUGGGAUAUUUUGAGUAAGUAUGUAUACCCCUUUUCCCAUUGUUUUUCACACAAUGAAGUUGAAUUCAUGUAUUUGUGUUUUAUGGAUGUUUCAAAUGUUCCUAGGGCUACCAAUAAGUGUUUUAAAGUUUCUUAUAUUCUGGUUUGUUUAUUAUAUGCUUACUGUUUUUAAAUGAGCUCAGGUAAAACUUCCUUUCUCUUUGCUUUAGGGGAUUCUACAGGCUCUUGAAUUUCUCCUGAAGAGGGGCUACAAACCACGUCGCUCCUUCUACAUUGGAUUUGGACAUGAUGAAGAGGUAGAGUAUGAAUACUUGUAAGGCACUGGAGGGAAUUGCUACCUGUUAUUGUAAUGUAUUCUGCUUAUAAGAGGUCAUUUUGUAGACCUUAUACUGUAUUUAUUCUAGAUUUCAGGCAGUUACGGAGCCAUGAAGAUUGUGGAGACAUUACAAUCCCGAGGAAUAAAGUUGUUAUUUCUUGUGGAUGAAGGUUUGGCUGUUCUAGAUGGUGUAAUCCAAGGCACAAGAAGACCCAUUGCUCUGUAA